AUGAAACUCCUCCCGCUCCUAGUGGGUUUUUCCACUUUGCUGGAUUGUACCUAUUCGCAAAAUUGCACCAAGACACCUUGUCUCCCAAAUGCAAAAUGUGAAAUACAGAAUGGAGUUGAAGCCUGCUACUGUAAAAUGGGAUUUUCAGGAAAUGGUGUCACAAUUUGUAAAGAUGAUAAUGAGUGUGAAAAUUCAACCCAACCCUGUGGUGAAAACGCAAACUGCACUAAUACAGAGGGGAGUUACUACUGUAUGUGUGCAUCUGGCUACAGAUCCAGCAGCAACCAAGACAAAUUUAUAACUAAUGAUGGAACGAACUGCAUAGAAAAUGUGGAUGUAAACUGCCAUUUAAAUAAUGCCUGUAUUGCUGCAAAUAUUAAUAAAACUUUAACAAAAAUUAGAUCCAUAGGAGAACCUGUGGCUUUGCUACAAGAAGUCUAUAGAAAUUCUGUGAAAGAUCUUUCACCAAUGAAUAUCAUUACAUACAUAGAAAUAUUAGCUGAAUCAUCCCCAUUUCUGGGUUAUAUGAUUAGUACUAACUCAGCCAAGGACGCUCUUUGUAAUUCAACUCUUACUGAAUUUGUGAAAACCAUGAAUAAUUUUGUUCAAAAGGAUACAUUCAUUGUUUGGAACAAGUUAUCCACAAAUAGUAGGAGAACUCAUCUAACAAAACUGAUCCACACUGCUGAACAAGUAACUUUAAACAUAUCUCACAACUUUCAAAAGACCACUCAGUUAGAUGCUAACUCAAGUGAUGUAGCUCUUGAAGUUUUCUUUUUUGAUUCAUAUCAAAUGCAGCAUAUUCAUCCCCAGAUGAGCAUGGAUGGAAAUUACAUAAAGAUAUUCCCAAAGAAAAAAACAGCGUAUGAUUCAAAUGGAAAUGUUGCAGUUUCAUUUUUAUAUUAUAAAAGUAUUGGUCCCUUGCUUUCAUCAUCUGACAACUUAAUGGAACCUCAAAGUCUUGAUCAUUUUGAAGAGGGAGAAAGAGUCAUUUCUUCAGUAAUUUCUGUGUCAAUUAGUUCAAAUCCACCCACAUUUUAUGAACUUGAAAAUAUUGCAUUUACAUUAAGUCACACAAAGACCUCAGAUAAGUAUAGGAGUGUAUGUGCUUUUUGGAACUACUCUUCUGACACAAUGAAUGGCAACUGGUCUUCAGAGGGCUGUGAGAUGACAUCCACCAAUGAGACCCACACCUCCUGCCGCUGCAAUCACCUGACGCAUUUUGCAAUUUUAAUGUCUUCUGGUCCUUCCAUUGGUAUUAAAGAUUAUAAUAUUCUUACAAGGAUCACUCAACUAGGAAUAAUUAUUUCACUGAUUUGCCUUGCUAUAUGCAUUUUUACCUUCUGGUUCUUCAGUGAAAUUCAAAGUACCAGGACAACAAUUCACAAAAACCUAUGCUGUAGCCUGUUUCUGGCUGAACUUGUCUUUCUUGUUGGAAUCAAUACAAAUACUAAUAAGCUCUUUUGUUCAAUCAUUGCUGGACUGCUACAUUACUUCUUUUUGGCUGCCUUUGCAUGGAUGUGCAUUGAGGGAAUACAUCUCUAUCUCAUUGUUGUGGGAGUCAUCUACAACAAGGGAUUUUUGCACAAGAAUUUUUAUAUCUUUGGCUAUCUAAGCCCAGCUGUGGUAGUUGGAUUUUCAGCAGCAUUAGGAUACAGAUACUAUGGCACCACCAAAGUAUGUUGGCUUAGCACAGAAAACAACUUUAUUUGGAGUUUUAUAGGACCGGCAUGUCUAAUCAUUCUUGUUAAUCUUUUGGCUUUUGGAGUUAUUAUAUACAAAGUUUUUCGUCAUACUGCCGGGUUGAAACCAGAAGUCAGCUGCUAUGAGAACAUAAGGUCUUGUGCAAGAGGAGCUCUUGCUCUUCUUUUCCUUCUUGGCACCACCUGGAUCUUUGGGGUUCUCCAUGUUGUUCAUGCGUCUGUGGUGACAGCCUACCUCUUCACAGUCAGCAAUGCUUUCCAAGGAAUGUUCAUUUUCUUAUUCCUGUGUGUUCUAUCAAGAAAGAUUCAAGAAGAAUAUUAUAGAUUGUUCAAAAAUGUCCCUUGUUGUUUUGGAUGUUUAAGAUAA